GCUCGUUGUUACACGUCAACACCAGCAGGCGAGGCGAGGCACGUGUGGCUGCCAGGCUCACCACCACCACCACCACCAUGCAGAGCGACGACAUAACCUGGAGCAUCAUCAACAAAACCUUUUGUUCCUUCAAGACUCAGACCAAGACACAGAAGUUUUGCCGAAAUGAGUUUAAUCUGACUGGCCUGUGCAGCCGCAGCUCUUGUCCCCUCGCCAACACCCAGUAUGCUACCAUCAGAGAAGAAAACGGCAUCAUAUACCUGUACAUGAGGACAGCUGAGAGAGCCUUCUUUCCGGCAAAACAAUGGGAGAAAGUGAAGCUUUCAAGAAACUUUGUCAAGGCCCUCCAGCAGAUUGAUGAGAAUCUAAUCUUCUGGAAAAAAUAUUUUCGACAAAAAUGUCGUCAGCGGCUGCUAAAGAUAACCCAGUACCUCACCCGCAUGAGGAAACUCAAGCUGGGAAGACAGAAGAAGUUGGUUCCCAUAAAACGGAAAGUUGAUCUGCGCAUCAAGAGGCGUGAAGAGAAGGCCCUCAUAGCUGCCAGGAUUGAUAAUGCCAUUGAGAAACAGCUGCUACAGAGACUCAAAGAUGGAACUUAUGAGCGUAUUUACAACUUCCCACAAGAAGCUUUUAAUGUACGAAUAGAUGAAGAGGAGGAGGAGAGUGAAAUAGAAGAGGAGGGAGAGGAGGAAUAUGAAAAGGAAGAAGAAGUGGAGACUGAUGAAGACAUUGAGGGAGAACUCGAGAGGGAGGUUGUAGAGGAAGAGAGAAGAGAUGAGAUGGACACUGAUGACGAAGAAGAUGACGACAGUGAAGAGGAACAUGAGUUUGUUGCUGAUUUUGAUGAAAGUGAUGAGGAAGACCUUGAGGAUGCUGCGGACAGAGUAGCCAUGAGCUCAGACGAGGAAGAGUCGGAUGAGGAGAACCAGCAUGGCGGUGAUGAUGAUGAUGAUGAUGAAGACAUGGACGAGGAAGAUGAGGAGGAGAAGAAGGGCGCAGUGAUGAGGAGAAGCAUCAUCGGCAAGAAGAGGGUGGCAGCGCAGGUCAAGAGGAGAGGAAAGGCCCGGCUGGAGGUGGAGUACGAGAUGCCGGAAGAGCCGAGUAAAGUUAAAGUGACGUCUUGAAAGGACUGUAUAGUGUGUAGUAAAUAAAGGUUUAGGAUUGAUG